AUGCAACCAGUGACCGAGAUAGAUUGGAAACGACUUUACUCAGAACGCUUUCUCACAGACAAGAUGGUUGCACAAGAGCUUGACAGCAUUAUUGCAUUCCAGAGUUGUCGGACGCAGAAGCAAAAGACUAUCAUCGAUGUUGGUCUCGAUGCCAAGGAAGUCUUACUUGAGAACCUUAGCAUAGGAGACGAGGCUUCCGAUAUCCUUGCUCGCAGAUGGUACAGCAGCCACACCCUAGGCUGUUUGAAUCGUAGUAUUGCAGUUGACCAAUGGGCACAUCUACGAGAGCCUUCAGGCGAAGUCAUUACCCUGGAGACAGCAUUGGCAGCAUUUGAUGUGUUUGUCCUUGAGGAUGGCUCUAUAGAUACCGGUGAUAUUUCUUAUAAGUUCGAUGGUUUUGCAGACAAGUUCCGUCAACACGAUCCCAGUUUCCAAGACCUUGACCAGGAGAAACAAGCCGUUGCAGUAAUCAAGUAUCUUCGGAAUCACCAUCUUGUAGGAAUUGACAAGAAUGUGGACCUACAUUAUCAUGAUCUCGCAAAUAAUUUCAUUGGAGAAGCUAUCUCGGGAAAGACACACCGCUCUUUGCCACUAAUUUCAGUUGCUAUUUUCUGCUCAGUAGCGCAAAGACUUGGGCUUAAUGCCCAACCAUGUGGCUUUCCGUUUCAUGUACUUGCUGUCGUCCAGCCAGACUCUACUCAGUCUUCCAUUGCUGGGGAUCUAGAGAAGCCUAUACCAAGAUCUCCGAUCUAUCUAGAUCCCUUUCGAUCUAACGAAGAGGUGCCACUGGAAACGCUCGAAUCGCAACUGAUUUCUAUGGGCGUACCAUCGAACGACCACGAGAGACUUCUAAGUCCAGCUUCAACGGCAGAUAUUGUUUCUCGGUGCGCGAGAAACAUCAUAACUUCGGUUCAGACUCUGCCUCGCAGUCCAGCAGCCGAUUCAGUGAAGCCGGGUGUAGAAGUCUCCUUCUAUGCUGCUCUCUGGGCUCUGCUUUUGCUCCCUAGCGGAAAUGAAAACGAAGUCUCGAUGAUGCAACAAGCAUGGUAUCUUCCGAGAGUGCUCAGACUUGUUGCUGGCCAAUAUGCCACAGAUACAUGGCUGGUAGAAAAACAUCUGGUUCCAAAAAUUGAACAAUUUGGAAGCAGCACUGCACAAACCUUGCGCGACAUUCGUGCUACUGCGGAUGCUAGGAAGCCGAAAAAGGCACGAGACUCACAAGCGACAAGGAACGUACGUUAUAGGAUAGGCCAUGUUUUUCGCCAUAAACGAUAUCAGUAUUACGCGAUCAUCUAUGGCUGGGACGCUACAUGUUCUGCAGAAGAGGAUUGGAUGGUGCAAAUGAGAGUGGACGAUCUACCGAGAGGUCGGAAGCAAAGCUUUUACCAUGCGUUAGUAGACGAUAAAAGUACACGCUAUGUUGCCGAAGACCAUAUCGAGAUUGUGAGGGAUGAGGCCAAGCAUGAUCUAAUGGCAAUAGCUGGUCAGUAUUUCAAGCGUUGGGACCCCGAGGACAAGGCAUUUAUUAGUAAUAUUCGGGAUGAGUAUCCUAACGACUAG